CCCGCCCCCCCCUCUCUCUCUCUCUCUCUUUCUGUGUAUCUCUCGUGUGAGCGGAAAUGGCGAAGGGCGGAAACGGGAAGCUGAGCAAGCUCAAAUGCAUGAUAAAGCGGUGGAACUCGUCGAGCAGGAUCGCGCGCUCGGCGGCUGUGGGGAGCGGAGGAGGCGGGGGCUCGGCGUCGUCGAGGUCGCAGGACGAGGAGGCGUGGCAGUCGGCGUCGUUCCACGGCGACGAGAUCCCGUCGGGGCUCCACCCGGUGUACGUAGGCAAGUCCCGCCGGCGGUACCUCGUCAGCUCCGACCUCGUCGACCACCCCCUCUUCCGGGUCCUCGUCGAGAAGUCCGGCGGCGGCGAUGCCGCUGCCACGGUGGUCGGCUGCGAGGUGGUGCUCUUCGAGCACCUCCUCUGGAUGCUGGAGAACGCCGAUCCCCAGCCCGAUUCGCUGGACGAGCUCGUCGAGUUCUAUGCCUGAAGAGGCGGCGGAGCACCGGACUCCCUAAUUCAUACGUGGAUGAAUGACCUUUAUUUAGUUUAUUUUGAUGUAGGGGUAGGUGAUGUGAAAUUUGCAUGGGGAGGAGUUGAAGGAAGAAUAAAGGGAGGAUUCGCUAACCUGUCACAAACUCGAAGGACAUGAUUGGGCAUUGAUUUCAUGAUGAUCUGUUUUUAUGAUAUUUUGUGAAAUAUUUUGUGCUGUUGAUGUGAUCUUCUUUUUUUUUGAAUAUUUCAUGAAAUAAUUCUGUAAAGUGUAAUUUAAACACUUGUGUUAUAUUUGUUAUCUUCUUUAAUGGAUGGUUAGAUUUUGGUGUUACA